AUGCCCUACUGCCCCACUGAGGUCCUGUGUCCUGGCCACCUGCAAACCCCUGGCCACGGCCUGGACUCUCAGCACCUCUGCAAGGACGUCCUGCCUGGCCUCUACCGCGGGACUCCCGCUCACCCAACCUUCCGGAAUCACUUGGUGGUGAUCCGGUUUGAGCCCCCAGAUGUGAACGCCUACCAUGGGAUGGGCAUGUUGGGCACGGCCUGUGAACAGGCAGUGCCUGGCACAAGGCAGGUGCUCAGGAACAUUAGCUGCUACUGCCCAGGGCAACGGUGCCCAGAGAAGACUCUGGAGGCCACGGGAAGAAGGGCCGACCACGUUGGCUACCGUCUCCUAGAGCUGGAGGUGAGCUGGACCGCCCUGCCCUCCGUGAAGGGCAGUGCCAGGCGAAAGCUGGGCCAGCGAAACUUCAUGGAGCAGGUGCGUGAAUGCAGGGACAAUGGCUACCUGCUCUCUUCCAGGAAGAUGGGCUCUGGGGCCUUCUCCAAAGUCUACCUGGCCUAUGCCACACGUGAGCGCAUGCAGCACAACGCCAAGCUGGCCUCCGACCUGCGGGGCAAGCACCAUGCCAUGCCAAGCUCGGCAAUGUGCACAAAGGACAUGGGGCCUGUCCGUGUCCCCCUCCAGGGGCUGUGGUCUACACACAACGGCCACCCCCCACCCCUGCAGGUGGCUAUCAAGAUCAUCUCCACUGCCGAGGCCCCUGUGGCGUUCUCCCAAAAGUUCCUGCCUCGUGAAAUAUCAUCACUCAAUGCUACCUAUAAGCACCUGAAUGUGGUGCGGCUGUACGAGACCUACCGGAACAGCCAGCACUCCUACUUGGUGCUGGAGCUGGCAGCCCGCGGCGACCUGUUGGAACACAUCAACUGGGUGUCGGAACGCCGCUGCAGCCCGGGGCUGGAUGAGGAGGAGGCCCGCAGACUGUUCUGGCAGCUCGUCAGUGCCGUGGCCCACUGCCACAGCUCCGGCAUUGUGCAUCGGUGAGGGCGCUGCCGCCUCUGCAGCCUGCUCCCACACCCGCAUCAAGAGGCCACCCAUCUGAGCCCAGGACCAGCACCUCUUCCCCUUCCCCUUCCCCAUGCAGGGAUCUAGAGUGUGAGAAUAUCCUCCUAGAUGACCGAGGCCUCCUCAAGCUGACCGGUGAGCCUUUGGCCCAGCCCCUACCCUCUUCCCUAGAUUAUCCUGACUCGUGACCCAGCUGGACCCUCAACCCUCCCAGGAGGCCCAGCCCCACCCCUGCCCACAGCUGCACUUGCAGAAACCUACACACGCCACGUCUGCCCCCCAGUCAUCCCGCCCGAGCCCUCGCUCUCUCGCCCUCCUGCUCCUCACCCGGGGGACUGC